AUGAGUAAAGUCACCUGGCUUGACAAGCUCCAGGAGCAAGUCAAGGUCGACAUUGACUGUAUGGACCCAGCAGAAGCGAAGAGAUUUCUACCUUUUAAGCCACAUGAUCAAACGAGCAACCAACGUCUAGUCUAUGAGCAAAUGAUCUCUCCCAAGAACCGCGAGCUGUUCUUGAAAACUGUCAAAGAAGGCAAAGAAGGAGGAUGGGAGGUGAUUCUUGAUCGUAUGAGUGCCCUGCUGUGUGCCAAAAACAUAGAGAACAUCCGGGGGCGGGUCUUGCUUCAGACUUCAGCUUUCCAUGCAUACGACACUGAAAAGGUUGUAGCCCAGGCCCGAUCCUAUGCGCGUGAGUUCGAGAAGCUUGGUAUCUCAAAGGAUCGAAUUUGUAUCAAGAUACCGUGCACAGGUCCUGCACUGAACGCCAGCCCAAUUCUACUCAAAGAAGGGAUCUUGACCCUGGGGACUUCUCUGUUCUCUGUCGCCCAAGCUAUCGCUGCCAGCCAGGCAGAGACGUUGUCUAUUAGCCCCUAUUACAACUUUCCUUGGUAUCACGCCGACAGAGAGCAGUGGCCUAAUCUCAAAGACCCAGCUCUCGAUCAUCCUAUUUCACCCAGAAUCGUACAAAUUCAGCAAGUCUACAAGCACCUUCAUGAAGCGACUGGCAAGACGCAACCAGUACUCAAGCCAGCAAGCUUCAUAUCUGCUCGGGAGGCAAUGGCCAUGGCUGAGCUUGGCUGCGAUCAUGUUACUGUUCCUGAGGAUAUCCUCCUCCAGCUCUCACUACUGGAUGCUGAGGCGAACCCGCCACCUGGCGGUGACUCUCAAAUGCAGAUCGGUACUCCCUCGCAGCGAAUUGCCCCUAUGGCGCAGAUUGAUUCCCGUGCCAGUCCCGUUUGUUCUGGGCUUCCAGCACUUGAUAUUGAGUAUCUGGCAGACAACGGGGCCGCAUUGACCCAAGCCAUCGCUGCUGACCCUGUUACUCAGAGGGGGCUAGCCGAAGCUCUCGAGGCAUUCAAAGCGAACGAAUUGCAGAGUCGAGAUGCGAUCGAAGAAGCUUUGAAGCAGUUCUGA